CUUAAAAUUUUAACUCUUAACUGCUGUCUAAGUUACUAGGCUAUCUAAGCUCUAGAUUCCUGCAGUAGCUGGAGAGGGGCAGAUUCCAUCAAAGGUGCUUCCCAGGGCGCAGCCAGAGCGAUGUGCGUGAGAAACUGAUUCGUCCUGCCCUUUUGGACAGAUCCCACCCCAUGCUUGGCUGGGUUAGUACGAACAGUCUGCUGAUGAGCCAUUUGAGAUGUUUGCUUCUAUGUACAAACCAGUUACACAGUGGAAUUUGAGAAGCCGCGCCAGUGCUCAGUAUCCGGGACUUCCUGGAAUCGUGGACACCUACCUGCAUGCAGAAAAACACGUGAAUGUCUCCCUUGGAUGUCCCGCCCCCCACCUACGAGCCACAGAUAAUGGAAGUGCCUCGCGAUAUGACGAAGGCGGAAAUGAAACGUUUCACAAGCGAUGCUGUUACAACUAAUCUAAGACUGGCGAGUUUAGCUGGUUUAUCCAUUGAAUGUUUCGUAUGAAAUAAGAGUUCAGCUCUACCUGGAGUGUUGAUAUGGAACGGGACACGGAUAUGGCGAGUGGGCCGUCAACCCCUUAUCUGGGGAAAUCUAAGUUGGACACGUUGUCUAAAGAAGACCUCAUUAAAUUUGCAAAGAAACAAAUGGCUGUAAUGCAAAAGUUAAAGGCAAAAUGUGCAGAUUUGGAAAAGCGAGUUGAAAUGCUAAAGGCUCUUCCCAGUGAGAAUUCAGAUGACACAGUAAUACAAGAGCUGACUGAGAGAAUGGAUGCUGUAUUGCUUGAGAAAGCUGAGACUCAACAGACCCUUGUGUUAUUGCGGAAGGAAAAUGAAAAGAUCAAAAUGCAGGCAGAAGAGUCAAUGGAAAACUUACUUCAACUUCAGGAGAAACUGGAUAAUGUAAACAAAGAGCACAUGGAAAAGAUAAAGAUUUUGGAAAAAGACUUUGAAAUCAGUGAAGCAAAACACAGAGAAGAACUGAAGCUUAUUAAACAAAUGGAAAGUGAAAAAAAUGAGAAUGAGGCAAUCCAAAGACAAAGACUAAUAGAAGAGUUUAAUUCUAAUAUUGAAACAGUUCGCCAGCAGUAUGAGAACCAGGUGCAUAACUUGCAACAUGAUCUGGAAUUUGCAAAAAAAGCACAUACCACUGAAAUUGAAGCUCGUGUGGAAACUCACCAGAUGGCUCUUGAAAAAUCUCAUGAAAACCUUAAAAAUUUACAGGAUGAGAUUUCCAGGCUGAGCAAACAGCAUGAAGACGAUAUCAGAGUCCUGGAAGAGCAGCUUGAGAUGAACGCUGCACAUUUUGAGAUGGAGAGGGAGCGGUUUCUGAGUGAGCUCUCGGAGCAGCAGGUGCUUAAGGAGAGUUACCUGCAGGACGUGGAAGAAGAGGAAGAGGAGGGUAACAGCAGGACCCAGAAGGCCUCGGGAAUUACGCAUACGUCAGACUCCUUAACGUUGGAGGAACCACAUGAGAGGCUAAGAUUGACACUACAGGAUUUGCAGUCCCAGAAUGCAAUGCUUCAGGAGGAGCUCAUAUUUCUCAGCAAUGUAAAAACUGAGCUGGAGAGCAACUUGAAACAUAUAAAAGAAGAGUUCAUGAUGGAAAGGGAAGAGCUAGAGUUUAAGAUUAAUGAACUGCAAAUGAUGAAAGGGGAUACAGACACUUGUCUGGAAAAGGAAGUUCAUGUCCUUAAUGAGCUAAAGACUGUAAGUCUUGACAAACAUGAGCAGGAGCUUCAAAAAUUACAAGAAUUACACAAAACAGAAAUGAAGGAGCUGGAGACUCGUGUGCUUUGUAAUGCUGAACAUGAAAAGGAAGCAAUUAUUCAAGAGUUAAAAGAGCUGCAGUACCGAUGUACAGUUCUUGAAGAGGAAAAAAAUAUUGUCAUCAGUGAAUAUGAGCACACAAAAGAAAUACUGUCAAAUCUUGAGUUGGAGCUGGGAGAUAGAACAGCUGACUUUGUGAACCAGUACAGUGCCAUGAAGGAGCAUGCAGCCAUGUCAAUUCAGGAACUGCAAGAAAAACUAUACGAGAAGGACAGUGUGAUAAAGAAUCUGAAGAGCGUAGCGCAAACAUCGGUCAACUCAUCAGACAAAUGUAAAGAGAUUCACAUCACCGUGGCCUCGGAUAAAGAGCACAGACUAGAAAACAUGAGAACAGAUCUAGAUCACAUGGUAGAGGAAUGUAAAUGUGGACAGAAGGACACUGUCCAACUCACCCUUAAGGUGCUGGAGGACCUGUUGUUGACUUUGGAAAGUGCCUUGGCAGAGAGGAGAAGUUUUAGGAGCUGUAUAGCUCAUUUGGAAGAACAGCUCUAUGAAAAAGAGCAGACAAAGAACUGUGAUGCCAUACUAACAGAACAGCUUCCGCUUCACCACACAGAGGAGCAAGUACCCGGCAGGGAGCUCCAGGCCGAGGCGUUGAUCACGCCAAAUGAGGCUUUGAUCAUGUCAACCGAGGAGCACACUGAAAUGCAGAUGCCGAAUGAGAUCAGCCUUCACGACAGUGAGCACCAUUCUGAGGAUGAGAGAACUGAGGGAGCGGCAGUCAAACUGCAUGAACAACCUCCAAAUGAAGUUGGAACACAAGGAACUAAGGAUGACUUGAAAACCAAAGAUGAUGUGAAAAGUCUCCACCAUAUGCUCAAUGAGAAGGAGGUCAUAAUAGUACAGUUAAAUGAAGAAAUUUCCCUUUUACAGGAAUUCAAGAUGUCUACCUGCAACAAAAAUAUGCAAAUAGAAAUCUUAGAAAAUGAAGUCAAAGAGAAAGACGAACGCAUGAACAAGAUCAAAGCUGUAGCUGUUAAAGCAAGGAAGGAACUGGAAAACAGCAAAAAAGAGGCAUCUGCUCUUAGAGAGGAGCUGGCGGCCGUACAGGCUGCACGAGAUAAACUGUCCGACUCUGUGAAGGGCAUCAUCCAAGGUGCAGAGGAGUACAAGAAUCUUAUGAUUAGUUAUGACAAGCAAACUGAACUAUUGGAUGAAGAGAAAGAGAAGCUGGUGGGAGCAGAGAAACUGGUUGAGGACUUGACCAAACGUUUACAGUCAGCUGUUGAACAGCAUAAGCAGCUGUCCUCUGAGAGAGAAGACAUGGUUGCUCAUAUUGAGACACUCCAAAGUAACGUUCGUCAGCUGGAAGCACAGGCACUGGAGAUGCAAAAGCUAAAAUCUGGGUUAGAGAAAGACCUGGAGGCAGAGAAGAUUACAAAAGAGCAAAAAACAAAGGACCACCAGUCUGCUGUUGCAGAUCUUGAGGAGACGCGAGCUUUACUGCAAAAACAGGAACAGCAGCUACAGCAAACUGAACAAGAGCUGGAACAGCUUAGGAAGGAUGCCCAACAGAGCACGUUGCUGGACAUGGAGAUGGCUGAUUACGAGCGGCUAGUCAAAGAGCUCAACGUCCAGCUCUUGGAGAAGGACAAACUGCUGGAGAAACAGGAGAACCUUGCCCAGGCUCAGAGAGACAGGGAGGAGAAACUGAGCCAGGAAAUGGAGUCUCUGAAAUCACUUGUGGAUAUCGGAGAAGAAAAAAACUCAAAGAUGAAACAACUGUUGGUGAAGACCAAGAAAGAUUUGGCAGAUGCCAAGAAGGAAGAAGCGUCUCAGAUGAUGAUCCAGUCUUCUCUGAAAGGAGAGCUAGAGGGUAGUCUGCAGCAGCUGGACGGCUAUAAGAUUCAGUGCAGUGAACUGCUGGCAGAUCGGCACAGGCUGCAGGAGCAGUUAAAGUCACUGAGUGACCAGCAUCUGAAGGCAGUCGGCACCUUCCAGUGCAACGUCAACACUCUGCAGGAACAGCUCAGUUCUACAAAGGCCGAACUCUGCUCGACAGUGUCUGAGUUUGAGGGUUAUAAGGUGCGGGUGCACAAUGUUCUCAAGCAGCAGAAAACCAAAAGUUCUGCUCCAUGUGAUGGAGAAUUUUCAAAACAGGAGAGGGAGCACAUGGACAGUAUGAUGGAGCAGCUGCGUUCAAAGCUCCAGGAGAACCAGCUCCAUCUGCAGAGCAGCACUGCAGAACUGCAGCAGCUGCAGACAGAGCACGACCUGCUCCUGGAGCGCCACAACAAGAUGCUUCAGCAGACCAUUGCAAAAGAGGCUGAGCUGAGGGAGAGGCUGCUGACCCUACAUUCAGAGAAUUCAGCGCUGAGAUCUGAGCACAGUCAGUCUGUGGCUCAGCUGACGGCACAAGCCGACGCCCUGCGCAGCAGCUUCCGUGAACAAGUGCACCAUCUACAGGAUGAACAGCGCAGCACAGUGGAGAUGCUGCAGCAGCAGAUAAGCAGGCUGGAGGCCCAGCUCUUCCAGCUGCAGAAGGAGCCCAGCAGCACAGGUUCAGCACCUGUGCAGCAAAUUCGGAAGUCUCUUCCAGACAGGAAGCUUGCAGACAUGGCUGUGUGUGAGCUGCAAAACAUGGCUCGAGAGGAGGGAGAAGGCAUGGAGACCGCAGAGGCAGAGCUGGUGUCCACUUCAGACAGCGCCCCACCCACACUGGAGCAGCUGCUCAGCUCCCCAGACCCCAAACAAGAGCCCUUUGUGUGGCAGGUGGAGCCCACUAAAGAUGAUCUGAGUCAGAGACUCAGUACUGCCACCCGCAGUUUGGAGCACAUGAACAGCCUCCUGCAUGAGAGUGAAGCCACUAACGCCGUCCUCAUGGAGCAGAUCAGUGUCCUGAAGAGCGAGCUACGGCGUCUGGAGCGGAACCAGGAGCGGGAGAAGUCUGUGGCGAACCUGGAGUACCUGAAGAAUGUGGUGCUACGCUUCAUGCUCCUGCCUGCGGGCAGUGAGAAACAGGCCCUGCUGCCCGUCAUCCACACGCUGCUGCAGCUCAGCCCUGACGAAAAGAGCAAGCUGGCAGCCAUCGCGCAAGGUGAAGAAGAGGCUGCACACUCUGGAAGGUCGGGUUGGACCUCAUACCUACACAGCUGGUCUGGAAUCAGAUAGGACAAAGCCUCAAGAUGGAUCCUAAUAUCAAACACACUCCACACUUACUUCACUCACACACACACACACACACACACACACACACACACACAGACAUCUGUUAAUAAAAUAACCGGUAGACUAUUUACAAAAAGAUUAUUUAGUGUGAAGGGUGAUGCUACAUCCUCUCUGAGUUAGUUAUGUGAAACAUUCACACUGUUUACAGGUUGCACAUAAUGACUUAUGACUCACAUUGUUCUGUUUUCUCCUGAAAGUCGUGAGCUGUUGUCUUUGUGAGCUGGGUUUUUUGUUUUGUUUUGUGUUUUUGUUUGUUUGUUUGUUUGAGAUAGACAUUUAAAUUAAAAACUCCCUGAAAAUUUCUUACUGUGAUGAAAUUCACUCCAGACAUAUUUACUUAACUACACCACCACCAGAUCCACUGAUUGUGCAUCUGAUCAAAAACGUCUUUUGGUCAAGUCUGUUAUUGUUAUGUUAAUAUAACAAAGCCUCUACCAUACAAUCUAAAACCUGGAACACAAAUCACAGAAAAGGGUCCACAAUCAAGUCUGAAGAAUUAAGAGUAUUUUUCACUUUUAAUUUAUUUAAGUUGUAUACCUUGUCAAUGUAAAUGCAUCAUGUCCUAUUUUAAUUAAACCAUCAAUGAAUCAUAGGGGGGUGCAGCAGAUUGUCAAUGCCAGUUUUACUUAAAUAUUGGUAAAAUUGGUAACCCUUUUGUAUCUGUUAUAGCAUUGUUGGUGCUGUCUGUGAAACUCCGUUUCCUGAAUAGCAUACUAUUUAUAUAACUAAGAUUAUUAAAUGUGACAGGAAACUUGAGUGGUAAUACAUGUGUGUAAUAUCCUGGCAGAGCAGGUAAAGCGCGGUGCUGGGAACACUGAGGUCACGGGUUUGAUUCCCAGUGUAUAAUCAUGAGUAGGUACAUUUUUCUGGAUUAGUGUGUCUGCCAAAUGUUCAAAGGACUGUCAAAGUGGUCUUCAUUUUUUUCUCAAGUCACAAUUUGACAAAUCUAUGCCUGGUGUCUGACACAGGUCAAGCCAUGUGAUUUGAGUCCUUCAUUUCUGAUGAAGCAGCACUUAGCCACAAAAGUGAGUCAAAUUGAAUUGAACUCAUCAAAAUAAAUCUUGCUCAAUUGUCCUAUAAGUACCUUUUCCAUUCAAUAACAAAUACAUGCAAUAAGGAAAAUGAGAUUGUAAUUAUUUUUUUAAAUGGUUUAAAAGUCAUAUGAGAUGUUGAGUGUUAUGAGAGAUCUCAUAUUAUGAGAUGUUGAGUGUAUGAAUGUUGAGAGGGAAUCAGUGAAAACUAAAUUUUCUUCACUUGCUGGAAUAUACAGUCUCAUAAUUCCCCUGUAGUUAAUUUCAUGUGUACAAGAAUGUUUAAUU